UUUUCUUCUCAUAGUACCAUAUCAUGAAAUGACGGAUGUGCAGCGUCCAGAGGAUCUGGAGUAACAAAAAUCUGUGCAACGCAACUUAACAUCAUAUUGCGGUUUUCUCUUAUAAACAAUUUUUUUUCCAUCGUGGAAGCUACCCUUUGAUUGUGAUAGACUAUAAUUUGCCUUCUGCAUUGCAUCCGUCUUCAUGCCACGUUCCUGCUGAAUAUCAGAAAAUUAUUCAUUAUUUUAGUCAAGCAGUCAAUCCAAGAAUGACAAGAAUACGGAAAAUUUGCUGCAUUGGAGCCGGUUAUGUGGGUGGACCCACCUGCAGCGUUAUUGCACUGAAGUGCCCGGAAAUUCAAGUAACCGUUGUUGAUAAGAGCAAGGAAAGAAUUGCGCAAUGGAAUUCACAAAAGUUACCAAUAUAUGAGCCGGGCUUGGAUGAAGUAGUGGGAAAAUGUCGUGGAAAGAAUUUAUUCUUCUCCACUGAAAUUGAUACAGCGAUUAAGGAGGCUGAUUUGAUAUUCAUUUCGGUAAACACGCCAACGAAGACCUUUGGCAAUGGCAAAGGAAGAGCAGCUGACUUGAAAUAUGUGGAAAGUGCAGCCAGGAUGAUCGCGCAAGUUGCAACAGGAGAUAAGAUUGUCGUGGAAAAAAGUACCGUACCGGUAAGAGCGGCCGAGAGUAUUAUGAAUAUUCUCCGCGCCAAUCACAAGCCAGGUGUUUCUUAUCAGAUUCUUUCGAAUCCGGAAUUUUUAGCCGAAGGAACUGCUAUAGAAGAUCUGGUAAACGCGGAUCGAGUACUGAUUGGCGGAGAAAAUUCGCCAGAAGGGCAGGCGGCUAUCGAGGAAUUAUGUCAAAUUUAUGAACAUUGGAUUCCAAGAGAAAAAAUUUUAACGACUAACACAUGGAGUUCAGAACUGUCGAAACUGGCUGCAAACGCUUUUCUCGCUCAGCGUAUCUCUAGCAUUAAUUCCUUGUCAGCAGUGUGCGAAGCUACAGGUGCCGACGUGUCCGAGGUCGCUCGAGCAAUCGGACUUGAUUCUCGAAUCGGUUCCAAGUUCCUUAGCGCGUCGGUUGGUUUCGGCGGCUCAUGUUUCCAAAAAGACAUUCUAAAUUUAGUAUAUAUUUGCGAGUGUUUAAAUUUGCCCGAGGUAGCGGCAUAUUGGCAACAGGUGAUUGAUAUGAACGAAUAUCAGAAGUCCAGAUUUUCCGCAAAGGUCAUAGAAUCUCUUUUUAACACUGUGACAGACAAGAGGAUCGCUAUGCUGGGUUUUGCCUUCAAGAAAGAUACAGGAGAUACGCGUGAAUCACCAGCAAUUCAUGUCGCCAAGACGUUGUUAGAUGAAGGCGCCGUUCUUCACAUUUACGACCCCAAGGUUGAAGAAACUCAGAUUAUUCAGGACUUGACUCAUCCAAGUAUAACGAGCGAUCCUAAAGAUGUAAAAAGUAGAAUCAGUAUUUAUAAAGAUGCUUAUAGCGCCACGAAGAAUACUCACGCUAUAGUUUUAUGUACUGAAUGGGAUGAAUUUAUCGAAUUAGAUUACACGCAGAUUUAUGUAGAUAUGAUGAAGCCAGCCUAUAUUUUCGACGGAAGGAAUAUUUUGAAUUUUGAUCGAUUGCAAAGGAUCGGUUUUAUUGUUCAAACUAUCGGUAAAAAACGCACAAGAUCAGGAAUUUCUAGAGCAUGGGGUAGCCAAACACAAAUUUAAAAAAAAACGGACCAAGCAAUACUUCUAAUUUAAUAAAAAAUGACA